AUGAUCGCAAAGCUCCAUGCAAUGCUCCACUACAUAAACUACAUUUGCAAGCUUGGUACUCCAGAUGGGUUUAACACCAAGUUGCCUGAACGGUUGCAUAUACCGUGUGCCAAGGAAGGGUUCCAUGCGUCAAACAAGAAGGAGGUAAUCCAACAAAUGGCAACAUACCUUCAACGAAUUGAAGCAAUCGCAAUGCAUCGUGCGCACCUGGAUGACCAACAAGCUCCAAAGAUUGGCGAUUCCCCGGAUGACAAGCCUCUGUGUCUAGAAGAUGAAGACGGUGAUUAUGGGGACGACGAGGUGUUUAUUGGGGGAGUGAACCGGCUCACUCUAGGUGACAAAAGCAAGGACGAGGGUGAAGACAAAGAUGAAGACGAAGGCAACAACGAAGACAAAGACAAAGACAAAGACAAAGACAAAGACAAAGACAAGGGCCGUAUUGACGAGGAGGCCAUAGUUGCCGAAGACAAGCUUGGGGCCGAUGGGGAUGGGGAUCCCAAGGUUGAUCUGGAGUGCAGGGACGUCGACAACGGAACAUGGGCCAAGGAGUGUCAGAUUGACAGUGAAACGGGCCAACAGGAUGGCCCAUCAGUCUUCUAUCCAGAACCAGCUAUCAAACACUCAAAGAAGCCUACCCUAGUUGCCACUGCCGCGCAUCUUAUUGCCAAACAUGGGGCCACCAAACUUCUUCCAGCUGUCAAAUUGUUCCUCAAGCAACACGACCUAUACGCACGCAACCUUGUCAUCUCACCCAGCGACAAGUAUCAAAUAUGGAGGCAAUGUCGCCUUAUUCAUAGCCCACCUCCGUUCAAACCUACCAAGGACAAGAAAACCAAUGUCAUUCGUGCAUUCCCUAUGGUUGUUGAUGAGCAUGGCCAGCCAAAAAGGGAGGCGGAGUAUGACACUGCGUUAUUCAUACACGACGACAAAAGUGAUGGGUUACAUUGGUAUUGCGCAUGUUGCGUCCGAGCAAUCUUUGAACUUCCGGAUCAUUUACGACACUUAUACAACAAGAAACUCAUUUAUGCCGAGCUUUUCAACCCCUUCCACUCGUCCUUCGACGUCUGCACCCAUCUAUACAAGACUGCCCACUCAAUGGCACCCAAUGGUCAACGCCUCGCAAUUGUCAUGCCGUUGUCGGAGAUCAAACUUACAUGUCAUAUUGCGCCUCACUAUGGGUCCGCCACGGCUGAGCUAGACCUGGCACGCAAGACCAUAUAUUAUCUUCGUGUUGUAGGUUUCUAUUCAACAAGUAUGCAAGCUUUUUCCUCUUUGAACUUGCGCAUCACUGGCGCCAAACUGGCGCAACAAAGUGAACAAAGUAAGUAA